UGCGAAACGUCGCGUCAUGUUGCUCUUAACUAGCUCUGUGCGGUAGCCAAUGCGCAUGCGUUAUUUCCCAACAGGAAGUGUUUAUGCCGUCAACCAGCUGAUGCAGCGACGUUAUCGUCAACAGUACGGGCAAGCGACGUUCUUUAGGUACUGUCCCCACCAAGACUGGCCCCCGGACAUCAGCAGCCAGCCUUGACCGCACAGCUGGAGGCAGCGCCAAGUGACCAGCGGAAUCCCAGAGUCACCUUGUCCUUCAGCGGUACGGCACCCUCGCACGGGUCGCUAUGAGCUCCAGAGGGAGUGGUGCUGGCCGCUCCAACGGCACGCUACCACAGACUAAGAUCUGCCAGUUCAAACUGGUGCUGCUGGGCGACAUGGCCGUGGGCAAGUCCAGCCUGGUGCUGCGCUUCGUCAAGGGACAGUUUGACGAGUUUCAGGAGACCACCAUCGGAGCUGCUUUCCUGGCCCAGUCGGUAUGUUUAGACGACACCACGGUCAAGUUUGAGAUCUGGGACACUGCGGGACAGGAGCGCUACCACAGCCUGGCGCCCAUGUACUACAGAGGGGCUCAGGCCGCAAUCGUGGUCUUCGACAUCACCAAGCCGGAGACCUUUGAGAGGGCCAAGGCUUGGGUGAAGGAGCUGCAGAGGCAGGCCAGUCCCAACAUCGUCAUCGCUUUGGCAGGAAACAAGGCUGAUCUGUCAGAGAAGAGACUAGUCGAAUAUGAGGAAGCGCAGACGUAUGCCGACGACACCGGCCUGCUCUUCAUGGAAACCUCGGCCAAGACCGCCAUGAACGUCAACGAGCUCUUCCUGGCUAUUGCCAAAAAGAUGCCAAAAACAGACACCCAGAACCCGACACAUGCGGCACGACACCGGGGGGUCAACCUACAGGACCCAGACGCCCGCUCCUCCAGAGCUUGCUGCGGGGGGAACUAGACAACCAUCCCCUAACCUUUCCCCCACUCCUCUUCUCCCUGCCAUGUGACUCCACUACAACCCCCCCUAAACGCAUCCCGUCUCCCUCAGCCAGCUUCCAUUCAAUGAAUCAAGCAAUGGUCAAGUAGGACAAGGAUGGUGUUGACUGAGAAAGAGAGACCAUGGAGAAGGACACUAAUUGUGAUUAUUCAGCCUUUCAUCAUUUCAGCUCCAGUCCUGUCUGUCUAAAAAUACUAUAAAGCAACCACGGAAGAAAUAGAAGGAAUUGUGUAAAAUAAAAGAAAUUAAAUGUG